ACAAGCAAGGGCCGGAGCGCCACCAAGGCUGUUGUUGUAUAUGGAUGGCCGGCGGAGUCGACGAUGAGCGAGCUAGUGACAAGGACAGACGGGGGCACUCAGCCACCCAAUCCUUCCUUUCCCUCUUCUUCUUGGCACUAAGGGAACUCACUCUUGUUCACCAUCAGCUCGCCAUGGCGUCGCCGCCUGCUCGUUCCUUCUUCCCCUCUUACUGCUUCUUGGAGAGGCUCUUCCUAUUCCUACAGCUCCUCGGCGCUCGACCACCGGUGCACGACGGCUACACCAACGACGCCUUCCCGUCUCCCAGAAAUGGGGACCCAAAUCAAGGGAUUAUACAAGUCUCGGAAACCUGCGCUGCAGCAUUAGAGCAAGAGGGCGAAACGACGGUGCGGCAAGACAGUCCCGGCCCGGAAAGGCGAUCCCAGCAGCGUAGCCAUGGGUGCAUCUCGCAGCUCAACAUGGGGUCCGGGCCGUUGGCUGAGCCUCGUCUCAUCUUGGAUUCAGGAGCCACCAACCACGCCGUCGGCGACAUCUCUCUCCUGUCGUCGGUCAGAAUGGUCACUCCAUCAGGCAUCGCCUCCGCUUACAUACGUAUACGCGAUGGGAGGCAGCUACCCGUCGCAGGGGUCGGCACCAUAUGCCGGGACGGCUUCCAUCUCCCCGAAGUCCUCUACGUCCCUGGUUUCUGCGCCGGAGUCAUCCUGGUCUCCGUGUCGAAGCUAUCAGAACGCGGCUACAUCAUCAUGUUCGGCCGCGGCCAGUGCCAUGUCCAGGACCAGAGCAGCGGCGACGUGGUGGGGAAAGGUCAGCUGCGCGGCGAAGAUGGCCUGUACCACCUCGAGUACCUCAAGAUCCCGCCCGAUGGUAGCACGGUUCCACCAAAUGGCCAUCUACACUGUCAUCCCGCCAUUUCAUGAUCAAGUCCGUGAGUGCUAUAGCUAGCACAAUGAGUCUUGCAAGUAAAAUUGUCGCACCAUGCAUGUAUGUGUGAGAGGUUAUAUAUAUGUUCAGUAUUUUCCACAGUACAUUGUCCUAUUAUUGCCUUUAUCGCUAUGUCUUUCAGCGUCUACAAGUAAGUAGCAAACAUAUAUAAUAGCGUGUACCAGGGCUGUGUAACCACUUUAAAACAUUAUAUCUUAUAGUGAGCUUCGGUGUGCUUGAUGAAA